GAGAAACAAACGCAUAGGAUUUAUAAAAGUGUUAUUAUUAUUAGUGUUAUUAUUUUUUUUAAACAAAGCUGCUCUGUGCAUUGCAACAAUAUAACAAAGCCUGAUUUGGUAGGGGAGUCCAUAGAUUGUGUGUUUCUGAUCGAGAAAAUAUAAUGUGGUUGUAAGGAAAUGAGCGUUUUGUACACUAUACUGACUAACAUACGUGCGAGGUUUCGUAAAUGUAGCGAAAGACUGCCGUAUAUCGCGUGGGGAAAGGAGUAAAUGCGAGAGCCAGGCAUUUUUUUUUACACGGAAUCUACCCCUGCCCGCCAUCUUUUAAAGGAGAAUGUGUGGAGAACGUACCGUAUUUCAAAAGGACAGGACUCGGCGUGUUCCGUAUUUGCAUCAAAGGUCACAAGGUCUGGCCCUGGAGAUGGGAUGUGGGUCCCAUUUGGGGAGUAAAGAGCACAUAGAGGAAUACAGAAUCCAUUGAAGACACGGAAAAAGAACGAAAGAAAACAACAACAAAAAGAGGGAAAGGAUGUCGGCGGUCACCUCAGCAGCCCCGGCUCCCCAGUCCACCGUCAACCUGCCACCGCCUGAGUACACCAACCCCAGCAAGCCCGGCAGGAAGACCAAUCAGCUGCAGUACAUGCAAAACGUCGUGGUGAAGACGCUCUGGAAACACCAGUUUGCCUGGCCCUUUUAUACGCCAGUGGAUGCCAUCAAAUUAGGCCUCCCAGAUUAUCAUAAAAUAAUCAAGGUUCCUAUGGACAUGGGGACGAUUAAGAAAAGACUGGAGAAUAACUACUACUGGAGUGCCAGUGAAUGUAUGCAGGAUUUCAACACAAUGUUUACAAACUGUUACAUUUAUAAUAAGCCCACAGAUGAUAUUGUUCUGAUGGCGCAGGCUUUGGAGAAAAUCUUUCUACAAAAAGUGGCUCAGAUGCCCCAAGAAGAGGUGGAGAUGCUCCCUCCAGCACCCAAGGGCAAAGGACGCAAGCCAGCAGGAGCAUUGACGGCAGAAAGCCCGCAGGAGUCUGCAGUGUCCUCAGUGUCUCCGCCUGCAUCUUUUCCAAACACCUCUCCAGUAGUAUCUCAGACUCCCGUCAUCGCAGCGACCCCUGUUCCAACCAUCACCCCCAACGUCCCGCCAGUUCAAGCGGCCGCCCCCAUGAUACCCGUCGUUCCUUCAGCACAGCCAGUCAUCAAGAAAAAAGGUGUGAAGCGGAAAGCAGACACGACAACUCCCACCACUUCUGCGAUCACGGCCAGCCGUAGCGAGUCGCCCACCCCCCUGCUGGACCCCAAACAAGCCAAAGUGUUGUCUCGGCGGGAGAGCACGGGGAGGCCCAUCAAGCCCCCCAAGAAGGACUUGGAGGAUGGGGAGGUGCCCCAGCAUGCGGGCAAGAAGGGGAAGCUCACCGAGCACUUGAAGUACUGUGAUAACAUACUCAAGGAGAUGCUUUCCAAAAAGCACGCUGCUUAUGCUUGGCCCUUCUACAAACCUGUCGAUGCAGAGGCCUUGGAAUUGCACGACUACCACGAAAUCAUCAAGCACCCCAUGGACCUCAGUACCGUCAAAAAAAAGAUGGACGGCCGGGAUUACCAGGACGCACAGGGGUUUGCGGCUGACAUCCGGUUAAUGUUCUCAAAUUGCUACAAGUACAAUCCUCCAGAUCAUGAAGUGGUGGCUAUGGCAAGGAAACUACAGGACGUGUUCGAGAUGCGCUUCGCCAAGAUGCCCGACGAGCCGGUGGAGGAGGCCCCUCCCCCCGCGCCACCGGCCGCCCCUGUGGUCAGCAAGAGCACGGAGAGUAGCGAGAGCAGCGGAGACACCUCGUCCGACUCGGACAGCUCCGACUCCGAGGAGGAGCGGGCCACCCGGCUCGCCGAGCUGCAGGAACAGGUGGGUUCAGAACAGCAAAUCACUGUGGAUCGCCCCAAUGGUAACAGGGCAGGAAAAAAAAACGGGUGUGCCAAAAGUUAUCAGCUAAAAGCAGUCCACGAACAGCUGGCGGCUCUCUCCCAGGCCCCGGUAAGUAAACCAAAGAAGAAGAAGGAAAAGAAGGAGAAGGAGAAAGAGAAGAAGAAGAAAGACAAAGAGAAAGACAAGGAAAAACACAACAAGGUGAAGGUGGAAGAGGAGAAGAAGCCCAAGUCGACGCAACCAGCAAAACAGACCCAGCAAAAGAAAGCCCCGGCCAAGAAGGCAAACAGCACCACCACAGCAACCAGGCAACUGAAGAAGGGAGCAAAACCUCCGGCCGCCGGCUACGAAUCGGAGGAGGAGGAAGACUCUUUGCCGAUGACGUACGACGAGAAGAGGCAGCUCAGCCUGGACAUCAACAGGCUGCCCGGAGAGAAGCUGGGCCGUGUGGUUCACAUCAUCCAAUCCAGAGAGCCUUCGCUCAGGGACUCCAACCCAGACGAGAUCGAGAUCGACUUUGAAACGCUCAAACCUUCCACGCUGCGCGAACUCGAGCGAUAUGUCAAGUCUUGUUUACAGAAAAAACAGCGCAAACCUUUACCUGGCACAGGGAAAAAACAAAGUGCGAAGUCUAAGGAGGAGCUUGCUCAGGAAAAGAAGAAAGAGUUAGAAAAGAGGCUGCAGGACGUGAGCGGACAGCUGAACAACAACAAGAAACCGCCCAAAAAAGCAGAGAAGGCAGGCUCUGGCCCAGCAGGCGGCCCUUCAAGAUUAAGUGGAAGCAGCAGCUCUUCAGAUUCUGGGAGCAGUAGUUCUAGCGGAUCAAGCUCCGACAGCAGCGACUCGGAUUAAAAAAACAACAGACGCGCACAAAAAACAAAACCUGGAACUUUUUUUUUUAUUUGUGUUUUUUGUUUAAUUUUUUUCAAAUACAGAAAACAUUGUAUGCAGUCAGAAAUUGGUAGUUUCCCUCUGGAGACUUAGAUUCUUCUUUUUUUUUUUUUUUUUUAAAUAAAAGAAAGUUACACAGUCAGAACAUUUAACAUUUUUAUAAAGACUAUUUAAAAAAAAAAAAAAAAAAGUGUAAGCAAGCAUAGUGAAGUGCAAAGGUGGUUAAACUGUUAAUGUUUGGCAACAGGCCUCAAUUGGGUUGGGUGUGGGAUGAGGUAUCCAUUUUGUUUUUCCCUGCGUGGAAUUCUAGAUUAGAGCAAAAUUAGCAAAAAAUCCAAAGGGGAGAAAGUUCAGAUUUUACAAGUCCCUGCUGUUGUGAUAUUUAUUUUAAAAAUAAAUACAUAGUACGGUG